CCGUGAAUACCAGCUCGAAGCCGGUGCUCAAAAUGGUCAGUGUAGAGGCUUUGUGGGGAUAAAUAGUUACGUCGGGCCUUCAUUUGAAGAGCAGUGCUAGCUGAAGGAGAUCGCUUAGCCUUACGACUCACUAGCAGCUUGCUAGUUUGCUAAUGUUGGCUAUCGCAACACGCAGUGUUUGCCUUGUUAAUUUGGAUCGUCAAAUCUCACACAGUAUUCAUGAGUCACACUUUCUCGACUUAUUUGGGCCUUUUGAAACGCUUACCAGUACACGAUAAUAGUUACACGGGACACAUGAGCGUUUUCCUCUACCAGUAACUAUUGGCUAUUGAUAGCUUAACAGGUUCGCGCUUUCGAUAUCCCCGUUUGCUAGCAGGCUAGCAUUAGCAUUAUUGCGUUCUUCCAUUGGUUAGCAUAUAUUUUGAAGGAAAGCGUUGUGCUAUUAGAGUGUCAACUUUCAAAUCUUCAUAUAAACGGCAGGAAACUAACUUUGAACACGAUUAAGUGACGUUUCUUGAAAAUGCCACACGGUUUUGAAGUUGCUUGUGUUGCCUGAUUUGCUAACGUUAGCUAAUUGACUGUUGGCGUUAAGUUUGUAACUCACUGUCAGCGAUGGCCGGCAUUAUUUGACAAGCCAGCAGGAGCUAACAUUAGCUUGUUAGCAAGUAUGAUGUUGUGCCCAUUCAGCCCAGCGUUGUCAUCUGUUCCUGCUCGCAUCCAUCAAUGGUAAGAAACCACCCUGACUCCUGCUCGCCAAUUGCAAUCCCAGGCGCAAGCAGCAGCCACGGCCCCAGCAUGGAGGGCGCAGCCUCACAGGCUUGUGCUGUAGGAGCAUCUGCUAGCAGCCAGGCCCCACAGCUCUGCACACAGCCAGCCGUCCAGGCUUCUCAGCCACGCAAAAAGAGGCCAGAGGACUUUAAAUUUGGCAAGAUACUGGGAGAGGGCUCCUUCUCAACGGUUGUCCUGGCAAGAGAGCAGGCAACAGGGAAAGAAUAUGCAAUUAAGAUUUUAGAGAAACGCCAUAUUGUGAAGGAGAACAAAACCCAGUAUGUGAAACGAGAGAGGGAUUUGAUGUCAAGUCUUGAUCACCCGUUCUUUGUCAAACUCUACUUCACAUUUCAAGAUGAUGAGAAGCUGUAUUUUGGUCUUAGUUAUGCUAAGAACGGCGAGCUCCUGAAAUACAUUCGCAAAAUUGGUUCAUUUGAUGAGACCUGCACUAGAUUCUACUCAGCUGAAAUAGUUUGUUCUCUAGAAUACCUACACAAUAAGGGGAUAAUACACAGAGAUCUGAAACCAGAAAAUAUUCUUCUGAGUGAAGAGAUGCACAUUCAGAUAACAGAUUUUGGAACAGCAAAACAGUUACCAUCAGACAGUAAACAAGCGAGAGCAAACUCGUUUGUUGGAACAGCGCAGUAUGUGUCUCCAGAGCUACUAACAGAGAAAUCAGCCUGCAAGAGCUCUGACCUGUGGGCCUUGGGAUGUAUUAUCUAUCAGCUGGUGGCUGGUUUACCACCAUUCAGAGCUGGAAAUGAGUACCUGAUAUUCCAGAAAAUAAUAAAGCUGGAGUAUGAAUUCCCAGAGAAAUUCUUCCCCAAAGCUAAGGAUCUUGUUGAACGGCUUUUGUCAUUGGACCCAACCAAGCGGCUUGGCUGUGAAGAGAUGGGAGGGUACGAACCACUGAAGCAGCACCCCUUCUUUGACACCAUCUCCUGGAGUGACCUUCACCUACAGACACCUCCCAAGCUCACACCCUACCUGCCAGCAAUGUCUGAAGAUGAUGAGGACUGCUAUGGAAAUUACGAUGACCUCCUGAGCCAGUUCAGCAACAUGCAGGUGGCCCCGUCCAGCUCAUCACACUCCCUGUCGCCACAUGACUCGACGCCGCCGCAGAGGUCCAGCAGCAACAUUGAGCAGUAUAUCCACGACCUGGACAACAACUCCUUUGAGCUGGACCUGCAGUUCACUGAAGAAGAGAAGCAGUUAUUGCUGGAUAAACAGACCACUGGAAACCCCUGGCACCAGUUUGUGGAGAAUAACCUAAUCCUGAAAAUGGGCCCAGUGGAUAAACGAAAGGGUCUGUUCGCCCGACGGAGACAGCUGCUUCUCACUGAAGGACCACACCUGUACUACGUGGAUCCUGUCAACAGGGUCCUGAAGGGGGAGAUUCCUUGGUCCUUAGAGUUACGCCCCGAGGCCAAGAACUUCAAAACCUUCUUUGUUCACACGCCUAACCGGACAUACUAUUUGAUGGACCCCAGCGGGAAUGCAGACAGAUGGUGUAAGAAGAUCCAGGAAGUGUGGAGAAAGAUCUAUCAAAGGCACCAAAACCCUGGCCUAUAGGAGCACAGGUUCACCCUGUGCCCACUCCUCUUUAGCUCUGAGGCCAAUCACUGAGCAGAGUAACACCCUCUUUAGUGCCCUUCAUCACCGCAAUGUAAACAAACUCUUAGAGACGCUGGCAUCUAGACCUUGUUUGUUUUCCUGAGUAGAACCAUGGGAAAAAUACAACUUUGGAUUUAGGGUUGCUUUGCUUGUUCUUUGUGCUCUCUGUGAGGCUUCUAUUGCAUUUUUCCAUGUAUGGAUGAUAAGACUUCCACCAUGCACAUCUGCUUUUUGUACAUUCUGCGGGGGUGGGCAAGGGGGGGAGGAGGACAAGCUUUGUCUUGUAGAGUGACAAGUUGGGUACCGCUGCGACUAUCUCAAACGCAAGGACUGGUUUCCUGCUUCGAUGAUGACACAAAAUCUUGCUUUUGUGGACCAGCGCCUCUCAUGAUAUCUUUAUUAAACCAUAUCCUAAUCCUACAUUGUAUGUGCAAGCUGUAGUCAAGCCCCACUUUUAGUGCAUAUACUCUAUAGAUACUGUAAAAUGGUUCAGUCUCACACGUUUACCAAACUCAGAUCCUCUCUAUUUUUGUCAGAACCCAAAUAUUUCCCUCGGUAUUUGAGUUGUUUUUUUUUAGUCUCUCGGUACUUUGCUUAUUGCAGUUAAGGUCUCUAUAUAAUAAUGCAGAGUGCCGGUCUGCAGUGAGACGUGGGUCUGAACCAGUCUCUGUAUAAGUAUGAGCCUUCCAUAGCCGAGGAUGUUUUGCUAACAGGGGGGUGGGUAAACAUGCCACUAGCUUGUACUUCCUAAUCAUAACUUGCUUAUCUUUCCUGCAUGGCCAGUUUUUGUAGCUCAGCCUUGUCCGCUUCUCUCCUAGGGCACUGGAGAUAAAGUUUAUUCAAGUAAAGGUGGGUAUUUUUGACUGCAUUGGAAACCAUAGAGACUAUUGUUGAAUGAUUUGGUUGUUCUGUACCAUUCACUGGCUAUUUCUUUUGUGGUGUGAGUUCUUAAUUUUUAUUUUUUUUUUCUUUGGUUUUUUUAUUUGGUGGAAUAGUUCACUCAUCUUCAGUAUGCCCUAUUCAAAACAAAAUCUUAUGUGCUGACCACCCCAUGCUGAACAGAAUACCACCAUCAUCAACAGAGAUGCAUACACAUACUAUCAUUUUCAGAAGCAAUCACAGUAAAGCUGUUGUCCCUGGACAAUAUGGCAAAACUGCCUCAUUGGGCUCAUUGGCCUAUUUUUAAUUUUUUUUUUAAUUUUUCUUUUUCAUUCUGAUGUUUGGCCCAAUAGAAAUUAAACCGAUUGAUUUAACUUGUGCUCUUGUUUUAGAAAUAUGUAUUAUCAUAAUGCUUUUAAUUUUUUUUGUCAUAGUACCUUACGGUCUUUCCAAAGGUCCUCUUCCUUCAGCUGAGUCUGUAUGUGCAGUGUGUGACUGGGGACCCUCUGGCCCAGGGCCAGAUGUGGUUGGAUGUCAGUCAAAGAAUAUCUAUCUCAUCCAAAUAACCGAUGAAAUUGCUGUAUCUGUCUAUAAAGUUGAGGAAGCACGAGAAGUGUUUUCCCCUCUAGUUAGAAAAAUUGUUUGAAUCAAGUCGAUGGCAGUCGGUUACAUUGUAUGUAGAAGCUCUACCUGGCUUGUAACUGACUAGAACUGUGAUGUACAGAUGAUGUAUUAUUAAAAUCUGAAGCAAGUAAUGCAAUGAUAUUAGGAUACAGUUUUUGUAUUUUUAUUCUUGUAUAAGGUUAUUUGAUGGCUAUUGUUUAGCCUAUAGUUCAUUCUGUGUUAUUUAAAUUCUAAUAUAUGAAUCAUAUUUGGAUUGAAGUCAUGUUCAGGGGCCAUGUUGUGUAUGUAUUGAGAUGUAAAGCCUUUGAAUGUGAAUAAUUAUUGUAAACUAUAAUAUUUUACAGCUUUUUUCUUACUAUAUCAUACAUUUUCUAUUUGCUCAGUGAUUUAAUCAUAUUCUGAUAAUUUAAUGAAUCUGUUCAUUCUCUCUGAUUAUUUGUGCGCUAGGUCAGUAGAUGUUGAAUGAUGAAUUUUCCACUUAAUGCUUGGUAGUCCAGUAAUUAAAGCAUGUAGGGAUUUAGGCAUACCAAUAAAGCCAUGUGUCCUGUCUUCUGUCAACAGCCUGGGUCAUGACAGUCAAGAAACCGCAUCAUUCAGUGGCAAUGGCAUCUCACAUUUUGCAGCAUGUAAAUAAAGUACCGGCUCAUUAUCACUG